CAGUGACACACAGAGUCGGCUCUCGGCACUACAGGGGCUCCUGCCCCGUGGCCUCCGGCAGUCAGGAAAGCAGAAGCAACCCCUCCUCCUGUGGGCGGGGAGCCCAAGGUAGCGCUCCAGCAGCGUGGCUUUUCCUGGCAGUGGGAGGGAAGAAGAGGAGAGCCGAGUUAAGGAGAGCCUGCAUUCCGGAGCGGCUUCUGUCUAUGCUGCAGGCAGUUAGCUAGCUUCUCUCCCACACCCUCCCGCACCCACAGAGCUCAGAGCCCGUCACUCUCGCAGCGGGCGUCCGUCCGUCCGUCCGCCCGCCCGCCCGCCCGCCUCGGACCCUGUCUCUCUCCCUCCUCUUUCACCGAACUUUCCCUCAUCUCUCCCGGCCAGGUAACAAAGUAUGAGAGAUUCUCUGCUGCUCCAGCAGGUCUCUUUCCCUUCGUUCCCUUGAACUCCCACCAUCUGCCACCAGCACCCCAGCUUUCAGCGAGGAUCUGGCCACCAUGGACCAGGCCUCAAGGAAGAGUUGUCCGGAGACAGGCAUGAUGAGGACCUGGAUUGAGCCAGUGGUGGCCUCGGCCCAGGUGGCAGCUUCUUUCUAUGAUGCGGGGCUGCUGCUGGUGGUCAAGAACUACUACAACCUUUCCAGUUUCUCCAACCACACCAACACCUCCACCCCCAGAGGGGCCAGCGAGGAUGCUCAGCAGAAAGCCAUCUCCAACUUCUACAUCAUCUACAACCUGGUGGUGGGUCUCACCCCGCUGCUCUCCGCCUAUGGGCUGGGGUGGCUCAGCGACCGCUACAACCGCAAAAUCUCCAUCUGCGUGCCCCUCUUGGGCUACCUCCUCUCCCGCCUCCUCCUCUUGCUGAAGAUCCUAUUGGACUGGCCCGUGGAAGUGAUGUAUGGGGCGGCAGCCCUGGCAGGACUGUCCGGGGGCUUCACGGCGUUCUGGUCUGGUGUCAUGGCCCUGGGCUCGCUGAGCUCCUCCAAGGGCCGGCGCUCCGUGAGGCUUAUCAUCAUUGACUUGAUCUUGGGGCUGGCAGGCUUCUGCGGGAGCAUCGCUUCCGGGCACCUUUUCAAUUUGCUUCGAGUGGGCAACCGGCAAGGCGUCGUCCUUGCCGUGUCGAGCGUGGGCUGCGCCACCUUUGCUUUCCUCUAUAGUCUCUUUGUCCUCAAAGUCCCCGAGCCCGAGGUGAAGCCCAGCAAAGCCUUCGGUGUGGUGGACACGGUCUCUGGGACCAUAGGCACCUAUCGCACCCUGGACCCUGACCACCCAGAGAAGAGGGGAGGGGUGGUGGAGCUGCCUUCCCUGGGGAAGGGAGAGCCCCGAAAAGCUAUCAUUGCUCUGCUCUUUGCAGGGGCCAUCAUUUACGACUUGGCCGUGGUGGGCACAGUGGAUGUCAUGCCGCUUUUUGUGUUGAGGGAGCCACUGAGCUGGAACCACGUACAAGUGGGCUACGGGAUGGCCGCGGGCUACACCAUCUUCAUCACCAGCUUCUUGGGAGUCCUGGUCUUUUCUAGGUGCUGCCGGGACACCACCAUGAUCAUGAUAGGGAUGGUCUCCUUUGGAGCUGGCUCUCUCCUCCUGACCUUUGUGAAGGAAACCUACAUGUUCUACAUCGCCCGGGCUGUCAUGCUGUUUGCUCUCAUCCCCAUAACCACCAUCCGAUCAGCACUGUCCAAGCUCAUAAAGGGAUCUUCAUACGGAAAGGUGUUUGUGAUUCUGCAGCUGGCACUGGCCCUCACCGGGGUGGUGACAUCCACGGCAUUCAAUGAAAUCUAUCAGCUCACCAUGGAUAAGUUCACUGGCUUUUGCUUUGCCCUCUCAUCCUUCCUUGCCUUCCUGAGCAUCAUCCCCAUUGGCGUCGUGGCCUGCAAGCAAGGAGAGAUCGCUGAGAAGUGACGGAGCGCCGCUGCCUACGAGCAGACCCGAAUCCCCCGAGGUGUGGAUCCCACUCGAAGAGAAGCAGCUGGGCCGGGGAAGCCGAUAACCGAGCCCCGAGCUCCUCCCGCGGCCGGCCUCGCCAACCAGCUGUUUCAAGGGGUUCCAUGUUGGGUGGGGAGAAACGCUAUCCUGGUGGAGGAAACUUGCCUUUAAAAAAUUAAUUUCGGAGGAAGCUGCCAGAUUUUGUUGGUGACGCAGAGAACUUCCCUGAGAAAAGCAUUGAAGGCCCAAACUUUGGGUGUGUCUCCCAGGGGACGAGGGCCCUUCAUUCAUGCUCAGCCCCCUCCGCCAUGCUCCAGACGGCUCUGCAGAAAGAGCCGCCUCGAACAGCUCCUGCUUCCGGCCCAUCUGCUAGGAUCCCACCGCAGGGCUAGUUCCCAGCGCUUUUAGCCCCAGGGUCACUUCCAAGAAGCUUUUGGUUUCUUCUUUUCCAAAGCUGUUGUCACGGGCAGACAUAAUAUUAGAAAAAAAGAAAGGGAAAUAAAACCCCGGGAACCGGCGAGCCGUUAUCUCCCGAGGUGCCUUCGGAGCUGUUCCGUGGCCUUUGAGAGCGUUCAGUCCUUGGUGAAGAAUCUUGGGUCGGCUUCUCUAACUCGUGGCUGCGGCAUAAAAGAUCUUUUAAUCAAAGAACAAAACGAGGAUUGAGGUCUGCCAAUAGGUCCAACGAGACGCUUUAGUUUGUCAAAAAUAGCUCCUAGAAGGAGGGGUGUGAGGGAGAGCCUGGACUUGGAGGCAUUUUUGCUUCAAUAGCAUGUUUGUUUACUCUGCGGAGACUAUUUCCCCAUAUGGUCAUUUACCUAAAGUGCCGCGUUUGAGCACAUAAAUAAAAUGCGAAUGAUUUCCA